CCCCAUUCAUCAGGAAGAAGAGGUAGUCCACAACAAGGGCGCAGGAGUGAUAGUUGGUGGGACGAACCUGGUGUUGCAGAGUGUGCAGAGGCCUGACGCCGGCAGGUACACGUGCAGGGCUACGAACUCUGUUGGAACAUCAAGAAGCAACGCCGUCACUCUCAGCAUCCAGUACGGGCCGAUGUGUGCUCAGGGCCGUGUCACCGUUACAGCUGUAGAAGGCGAGGUCGUGACUCUCCGAUGUGAGGUCGACGCUUACCCUGCAAACGUCACGUUCCACUGGCUCUUCAAUAAUACCGUCGAUUCUACGCGCUUCAGGAAGAGCGAGUACACGGUCGAGGGCGUUGUCUCCCGCCUGCGUUACGUGGCCUACUCCGCCCGCGACUACGGCACGGUGUUCUGCUGGGCGUCUAAUCUCGUGGGCGCGCAAGAAGACCCCUGUGCCUUUGUUCUACAGCCCGCUGGCGCCCCAGACAGCGUGCAUGAUUGUGUGUUGACUAACCAAUCAGCGGGUUCACUCCACAUCACGUGCAAGGCAGGGGCCGACGGUGGACUCACGCAGAAAUUCCGGUAUGUACGAAGGAAAUUAGAAAUAGAUAGAAAAAAAUAAGAACAAAAUAGAAAAAAAAAGGUAAGGAGUUUAAAUAAUAAUAAUAAUAAUCAGAGAGAAAAAAAAAUAGCGAAAAUAUCAAAGAAAACAAUAAAAACGGGGAAAAAAAUAAAAACAAUAAAAAAUAAAAGAAUAUGAAAAAGAGAGAAGCGAAAAAGACUAAUAGAUAAAAAUAUAUAAUUAUGUGUGUGACUGCACGCUUUCCUUCGUCACGAAAUCGUGCGUCCCCACAUCACGCACGCUAAACAAUACAAAGGAACAUUUAAUCGCAUUACUCACAUUUCAGCCCUUUAUCUGCCCCCUCUUCGUACAUAAUGUCUGCCCCCAACGGUAAUAAACAUGACAAAUGCUUAAUCAACUUAUCUUCAACUCAAUGCUGACGAAAAUUCACGAGAAUUGUAUUUGUCCAACUUACAGCACACCAAAGGCACCUUAGCAUAAUUCCUCUGUCUCCUACCAUUGUGGUCUGUAAGCAAAAUAUAAUCAGCUUAUGUCUGCCAUUGUGUUGUAUAACCAACUUUAAACUGUCACUGUCUAAG